UCCACCUCAAAUAAAGCAGCUUUCUGGAUUACAAGUGUCUGCCUUAAUCCAUUCCCUAUAAGUCGGAGGCUUUUCAGAUUUCCAGUUCCUCAGAAUUAAGGAUUUCGCGGUCUGUAUUAACUGGAAGGUGUGGCAUACAACGCGAGUAUCCUCGCCAACAUUUUAUCUUUCAUCCCGAGAUUUGUUAAUGUCUUGUCUAGGAAGGACCAUGAAAUUCUAUCAAAUGCUUUUUCAGCAUCCGUCGUUAUCAGACAGGUGAUUCUGGAUAUGGAUGCUGGUCCUGGCUUUUAAUACCUGUUCUGAACCCCAAGACAAAUGCUGAGGAAAAAUACGAGUCACACCGCAGCACAUGUUCUGUAAUUGAACAAACUUUUGGUUUAUUAAAAGCAAGGUUUCGAUGCCUGGACAAAUCAGGAGGAGUACUGCAGUAUUCUCCUCUGAAAGUAACCUGCAUUAUUUUGGCAUGCUGUGUUUUGCAUCUCAUGGGCUUACACAUAUUGAUGACUUGGGGAUAAACCACGUAGAGCAAGUUAUCAAUGCUAGUAGUAAUGAGAAUACAGAUAACGGGUGGCAUGUUAGGAAUCAACUGAUCUCCUCACUUUUUAUGUAACUCUUGUCUUCAUUACAAACUACAAUAUUGUGAACUUCAAUUUGCAUUUGUAAAUAUUUCAAAAAGUACAUUUCAAAAGUACAGUCUUAUAGAUGGACAUCAUUUGCAAAGUUUGUCACCUAAAUUUUGUUAAAUAGAAAAUAUACCCCUACCCACAUUUGUACAUGAACACAGUUGGAAUUAUAUUGAAAUGGUGAAUAAGCACUAUUGAAACAGAAAAAUAUUUCUAAACAAACAUACCUUAUUCAACAGAUUUAUGAAAAAAAAGGUAAUUCCAGAUAGCUAUUACACAAGAUGCCUUAUGAGGACAGUGCAAUGUAACAUUCUCCCUCAGUUUUGGGACUGAAGUCUUUUUGCUUCUAUGGUGCACAGAUUCCCUACAAACCAGAGGGACUUAAGUCCUUAUAAUACAAUACUUAAGAAAGGAAAAAGGAUGAGGUUGCAUUGUCCCAGACAGCUAACAAACAAUUGUGCUAUCAAUCUGUGGAAUCAGUUAUAUUUGUGUAGGAGAAAAAUAUUAGACCUUUUUACAUCCAGCCAACUGUCUCUGCUCUGUCAAAUGUGGGGGUGUGUUUUCCAUUUAGGUCUUGCACAUUAUUUCCCAUUACAUUUUCUAUUUUUUAAAACAUGUAUUUGAAAAUAGUUAAGUAGCCAUAAAACUCUAACAGUAACUGCUGACAUGUUUACGAGAAAUGUUAACAAAGUUCUUGAAACAACAAAAACAUACUGCAUUUAAACAACCUCCUUUUGUUGUUUCAAGAACUUGAGUUACACAGCAAAAGUGAAUAGUUUGAUGUGAUCAUGAAUAAGUUACUCCUUAGUUCUUACCAAAGACAAAGUUUAUAAACUUUGUUUAGAACUAUUGGUUUUAUUUUUUAUUUUUUUGGGAGGUAGUGUUUUUCUUUUGAAAAGUGCUGUCAGAAACAGCAUCAUUUCUAGAUACUGCUUUCCAAGUAUGAUAUUUUGGACAUGUCACUGUAGUACUUGGUCCACAUUGGCUACUGACAACUUCUUUCUGUUUUUCUAAUAAUUUUAAGACAAGUUUGUUAUUUUCUUGUAACAUUCGCAGCUUUACAGACCGAUACCUCAAAGAAUCAGCUCUUUGCUGUCGUUGUAUUUGUGAGAUAUGAUGGGUCAUUGAUUUUAAUGUAGUUUGUACACUUUUCAUAAUUGUUUGGUUUCUCAGAUUUACUUUUUUUUCAAAAAAAAUAAAAAAAAACUUUAUUGUAAACUUCCAACAAUACAGAGCUUUAUAAAUACAUAUAUAAAUGGUCGAUGAUGGUUACAGCUUGUAUACACAUUUAGUAUGUUGUACAAAUUCCUGAAUAGAGAUCAUUACCAACUACCAAGGGUAUGUACUCGUGGAGAUAAAUUGUCGAGGCAUAUCUGACCUGUUGAAUAGCCAGUGGCUAAGAGAAAAGCUUCAGUAUUGUGGAAAAUGAAAUGGGGUAGAAUUGAGGGGAAAGGGAUAAAGCAAGAAAGUGGAUGGCUAAGUGCAACGGGGAUGUUAUGACCACAAUUAUCCCUACUGUGAUGUUUUAUUAGAAUCAGUUUACUUGAAAAGAAACCACCGAGGCCAGACAGCAAUGAAUUUAGAGAUCUGGUCUGGAUUCGAAGAGGACAGUUCCUCGAAUCUGCAUAUUUCCAAAAUUUUUUUGUACCAAUCCUUAAUAGUGGGGAUAUAUGUAGUCUUCCAAUGUAAAGGUAUCAGAAGUUUGGCUGCAUUUAGUAAUUGUGGUUCAAGACCCACGUUGAAGGUUGCUACUGGCAGAGGGUUAUGGAAUAGUAGUACCUGUAGAGGAUUCGCUGGGAUAUCAACCCCUAAAAUUUGACCGGAGAGUAGGCAGACCUCUUCCCAGAAAGGUUUUAUGAGGGGGCACGUCCAAAAUAUAUGGAGUAAGGUUCCUUUUUCUCAAACGUCCCUUGGCAGCACAGGUACCAAAGGGUUAAUGUCUUCUUCCCUCUAGGAGGCAGGAUGACAGGAAAAAAACUGCAGGGCUGCUCCUCCUCUCCACGACAUUAGCCCAUCCCACUUUAGUUUUUUGUCAUCCUGCUCCCAAGGAGGUAGGUAAUUUUUUUCUCCCUUUAUUUUUUCUAGAAAUAUCGCUUGUAAGGGGUAUGCUUUUGCGCUGCCCUCAUUAUUUAUACACGUUGGUGUUUGUGUGCGAGUGCAGCAGGCUUUUACGCUGCGGUUCACUUGUGUGUCAUGCCUCACUAAGUUCAAAGCGAGCGCUAUCUUAGACACAGCACACAGCAGGGCAAGGUAUGCGGGGGCGCUACCAUAUUCCCUAUAGAGUGACUCGGUCCUCUUGACAACGGCAUGCUUCUGCGCUGCUAUAUGUUAAAAUCAUGGGAAGACAUGCUUUCGCGCUGUUAAUAGGCACAGACAGUAAAGGCAUGCUAUUGCGCUGCCACAGUCAAGUAAACGGUCGCAUUGGGAGACCGGCGGUAGCAUGGGACGGUCAGGGGGACGUGCGCACGCAUGGCGUGAUGACGUCAUUGACGCGACAAGCGGUUUUCGCGCCGUUCCGUUGUUGCAUAGCGCAUUACUGCGCAUCAGACAAAGAGGGCUUUCUUUCAGCUCGACUCUCUGCGACAUUACCCUGACCGCUCCUCACUAACAAGGUAAUCUUUUGCUUUACCUCUGGGGCUUUUUGGGUAUACUCUGCUCCUUAUCUGCUGCCUUCACUAAAAUAGUGCCUUACCAUUAUGGAAGGGGAGACUACUUCUUCCUUGGGGCCCAGCCAAAUGGGGGAACCAAUUCAGCUGCCCCCCAAGAAACCCUCCAGCAAGCGGACUAAGUCCUCCGCCAGUGGCUCCUCAAAAAGACCCAGAAUAGACGUCUCUCCUCCAGAAAGCAGUCCACCACCACCAGAAAUGCCGGACUGGCUUAAGGAUUUUCAAAAAUCUUUUUUGGGGAUGACUUCAUCCAUUGAAAAGCUGGCGACAGCUGCCAUGCAAAAGCAAAAACCUACUAAUACUGCUUUACAUACUGCUCAUCCGAGCACUUCAGAAACAUGUCCUGAGUCUUCGGAAGAGGAUCCAUCCUUAGAUCCUAAUGACUCUGAUUCGGAUCAGUUAGACACAGCCUCACAACCUUCAAAAAGGUCACAAACUGAGGCGGUAGACGCACUGUUGGCUGAUAUGUUUAUCACCUUAGACUUACAAGAAGAAACAAAGGAGAUUAAAACCCUGGACAAACUUUUUGGCUCAGUUUCUAAACCACAGAGACAUUUUCCAGUCCACGAAACAGUGGAGGAAGUGAUAAAGAAAGAAUGGAAAUUUCCUGACCGAAAAUUAGCCAGAGAUAAGCGGUUGGAUAAUCUAUACCCUUUUCAACAACAAUAUAAAGACAAAUGGGAUCAGGUUCCCAAGGUAGAUGCUCCGGUGGCGCGACUCGCGAAACGAACAACUAUUCCACUGGAAGAUGGCACGUCUUUCAAAGACCCUAUGGAUCGAAAGACCGAAAGUCUGUUAAAGAAUAUUUUUACUUCCACCACGUCAGCUUUCAAACCUACCAUAGCUAUGGCUUGUGUUGCACGAACACUUACUCUGUGGGCCCAGGAAGCCAUACAGGAAGCUUCUGAGGAGGAAUUCGACAUGUCAUCUCACCUGUCUAAGAUGUUGAACGCUAUUCAUUACUUAUGUGAUGCGUCAAUGGAUUCGCUUCAUCUACUCGCUAAAUCAUCAGCACUAGCAAUCGCUGCUAGACGGGCAUUGUGGCUAAAGCCAUGGAGUGCAGAUCCGGCCUCCAAAAAGAAUCUUGUUUCGCUUCCAUUUACUGGAACCACACUCUUCGGCAGUGAGCUGGACGCGAUAAUUUCAAAGAUUUCAGGGGUAAGAGCAAUUUCUUACCCCAGGACAAGAGAUCCAGGCCUCCACAGAAUUCACAACGCUCGUUUCGAUAUUCCUACAACAAGCGUUUUCAACAGAAUUUUUCGAGGAAUUCGAGAUCUAAUACCGGGGCCAACUCUAAGGGUUUCCGGGGUUCUGGAAAGUCAACAUGGAACCCACAACGUCGUCAAACCAAGACGACCACGGAUAAACAAGAUUCCUGAUGCUUUAGCCGCCUCUAUUCCUCAGGAGACGGUAGGGGGACGACUCCGUUUUUUCAAAGAGGUGUGGCUAUCGAACACUUCAGACACAUGGGUUCACAAAGUAAUUACAUACGGUUACGAACCUUUUUUCCAGCAACCUCCACCAACCAGAUUUUUGAGAUCCAGAAUACCAACCAACCCGGACAAAAAGGCCGAAUUCUUUCGCGCCAUCCAGGAGAUGCGAAAAAAAGGAGGUCAUCGUUCCAGUACCUACACACCAACGCAAUCAAGGUUUUUAUUCAAACCUUUUCAUGGUUCCCAAAAAGGACGGUUCUCUGCGACCAGUCUUAGAUCUAAAGAAACUGAAUCGCUUUCUUCAGGUCCCUACUUUCAAGAUGGAAUCUCUGAGAGCAGUCAUCGCCAAUGUAGAACAGGGCGAUUAUUUCACCUCGAUAGACUUAAAGGAUGCCUAUCUACACAUCCCCAUCCAUCCACACUAUCAAAGAUUCCUGCGGUUUGCACUACCCAACGAGCAUUUUCAGUUUCAAGCUCUUCCCUUCGGUCUGGCCACGGCACCGAGAAUUUUCACCAAGGUCAUGGCCAGUCUAGUGGCCUACAUGAGGGAACAGCAUCUAAUCAUUAUCCCAUAUCUGGACGAUCUCCUUCUCCGGGCUCCAUCCAAAGAGAUCGCACGACGACACACAGAUACUUGCCAAUUCAUACUACAGCAACAUGGGUGGAUAAUUCACCCAGCAAAGAGCUCUUUGUGUCCAGCCCAGUCCAUAGUUUUUUUGGGGGCACUCUUCGAUUCUCGAAGACACAGGGUGUUUCUCACUCAAGAAAAAAUUCAAAAGCUGAUCAAAGCGACUUUGUCGACCAUUCACAAGUCAGAGAUUUCCAUAAGAAAUGGAAUGCAUCUCUUGGGAUUAAUGACGGCAUCGAUAGAUCUGGUACCUUACGCACAAUUCCACAUGAGACUGCUUCAACUGGAACUGCUGCGGAAAUGGAACAGGUCACCAACAACACUCGACGGCAAAAUUUGUCUGUCGCGAAACACCAAACAGUCCUUGUUUUGGUGGACACGGAAACAAAAUCUGGCAGGGGGACGUGCAUGUUCAGUAACAAACUCUCUCAUGGUUACCACAGAUGCGAGUCUAGCGGGUUGGGGAGGAGUUUUCCAGGACAAGACGGUACAGGGAAGAUGGUCGCCAACAGAGGCUCAGCUGCCGAUCAACGUCCUCGAACUUCGAGCUAUCCGACACGCUCUAGUGCACUGGACCACGGUUCUGCACGGUUCCCCAGUAAAGAUACAAACAGACAAUGCUACCGCUGUAGCCUAUCUAAAUCAUCAAGGCGGCACACACAGUCAAGCAGCCUGGAAAGAGGCAGCCAAGAUACUUACCUGGGCAGAACAAACAGUCCCACAACUUUCUGCCAUCUACAUUCCAGGCCAGGACAACUGGGAAGCGGACUUUCUCAGUCGGCAGACUCUAGACCCAGGGGAAUGGAAGCUGAACCGUCAGAUAUUCGUGCAGAUUGCCAAGAAAUGGGGAUGGCCCCAAAUCGAUCUCAUGGCAUCGACGUUCAAUCAUCAGCUACCGAUGUACUGCACACGGUACCGAGAUUGCAGAGCCGCAGCAAUAGAUGCGCUGACUAUCAACUGGAACUUCGAUCUGGUUUAUGUGUUUCCGCCACUACCAAUGAUUCACAAGGUUCUGAGAAAACUGAAGUUACACCAUACCACAGCCAUUGUAAUAGCACCAUAUUGGCCCAGGAGGGCAUGGUUUUCGGACUUGAAGAACAUGUCCAUAGCCGACCCCUGGAGACUACCACUGCGGGCGGACCUGUUGACCCAGGGUCCGUACCAACAUCACAAUCUGAGCAUGCUUGCCCUGACGGCUUGGCUAUUGAAGCCGCAAUAUGGUCACAAAAAGGUUUCUCUCACUCAGUAGUGCAGACUCUACUACAAGCCAGGAAGAAAUCCACCAAGCGGUCAUAUCACAGGAUUUGGAAGAUAUUCCUAGAGUGGUGCAACCGAAAUCAGUUAAAUCAUACAUUUCUACCUAUCUCAGAUUUAUUGGAUUUUCUGCAACAGGGCCUGGACAAGGGCCUGGCCACAAGUUCUCUCAAGGUCCAGGUAUCGGCUCUUUCAAUUUUGCUCCAACAACCUUUAGCUGAGCAAAAAGACGUAAAGACUUUUUUACAAGCCGCACAACAUAUACGUCCCCGUUGGCGUGCACCUACACCGCCAUGGGACCUCACUCUGGUCUUGAACGCGCUUCAAAAGCCUCCUUUUGAACCCAUGCAUUCCAUCAGUAUAAAGUUGUUGUCUCUAAAAGUGGUAUUCCUAGUAGCCAUAGCAUCUGCUAGGCGAGUUUCAGAACUGGCGGCUCUGUCUUGUCGACCGCCCUUAUGUGUGAUACACGAGGAUAAAGUUGUACUUCGCACUCAACCUGAAUUCAUACCUAAGGUGGUAUCUGACUACCACAUAAAUCAGGACAUUGUCUUACCGUCGUUGUGCCCGAAGCCCAAAAAUUCUAAAGAGAAGGCACUCCACACAUUAGAUGUUGUACGGGCAAUCAAGUACUAUCUACAUAGAACUCAGGAUUUCAGAAAAUCCGAGACUCUUUUUGUUCUCUUUGGAGCGCCUCAACGAGGUAAACAAGCUAGUUCCGCGUCUCUCAGCAGAUGGAUCCGAGAGACAAUCAUUUUGGCUUACACAGCAAAAGGAAAACCAGCUCCUUUCAGAGUGACUGCACACUCUACAAGAGCACUGAGUACAUCCUGGGCUCAAGCAAAUCAGGCAUCCGCAGAUCAGAUUUGUAGGGCGGCCACAUGGUCAUCAGUACACACGUUCACUAAAUUUUAUAAGUUCAAUGUUUAUGCCUCAUCACAGGCGAGUUUUGGCCGCAAAGUUCUACAAGCGGCAGUUUUGUAAGAGUCUUCCCCUACUAUAAUGGAAGGCUUUAUGUUCUGCUUUUUUGUUUUUCGAAUUAAUCAGUUGCUUCUCUUUUCUACAGUCUUUUUCUUAUUUCACUGCCCUCCCUUCUGCUUUGGGACAUAACCCUUUGGUACCUGUGCUGCCAAGGGACGUUUGAGAAAACAAGAUUUGUGUACUCACCGAUAAAUCUGUUUCUCUAAGUCCCGAACAGGCAGCACAGGAUGUUCCCGCCCUUUGCUGUAUUAAUUCCUUCUUAUUUAUGCUUGAUAACAAUAACUAAAGUGGGAUGGGCUAAUGUCGUGGAGAGGAGGAGCAGCCCUGCAGUUUUUUUCCUGUCAUCCUGCCUCCUAGAGGGAAGAAGACAUUAACCCUUUGGUACCUGUGCUGCCUGUUCGGGACUUAGAGAAACAGAUUUAUCGGUGAGUACACAAAUCUUGUUUUCUCUAUUACAUCGUCAACAAUUGCCGUUUGAAGUUUUGUAUACAUGUUGUAUCUUAGAGGGUGUAUAGUACCAUCUUGUAACUAUCUUAUAGUUUAAUUCUUGUAUACGGCAGCAUCUCGAGCUUUUGAGUAGUUUGGAUAGCAUAUUUUCAAUCUGGACAUCUUCUAACUGAGCGUUUAGGUCUCUGGACCAUCUAUUGAUAAAGGAUACUGAUUCCCAAUUUGUCGGUAGUUGAAGUAAUUUGAAUAAGAGGGAGAUAGCAUGUUUCGGUGGGUCAAGCAAUGUACAGUACAUGCUGUUUCAAAUUUAGUAAGGUCCCGUCCUAACAUUUGUGAUCCUCCUAAACUGUGGAAAUAGUGGGAAAUCUGUGGGAAUUUUAACUGAUCCAACUGUGUGAAUGGUGAUAAGUUUUGUAGUCUGUCUUUGGAUACAAGUGCUUUAUUUUCCAUGAAGUGAGUGAGUUGAAGGUUUCUUUCAAUCAACCAUCUCUGUAGGCUGUUAGGUUGCAAUCCGGGAGGGAAGGCAGGGUUAUUAAUUAAGGGUAUGAGAGGCGAUGGAUAGGAGGUAAGUGAGUAUUUUGUACGACAUUUAUCCCAUAUUUGCAUGGUGUUAGACAGGAGAGGAUGGUCUGGAUGUUUUAUUCUCCUAUAUAUGUGAUCUAACCAGGGUAAGUGUAUGAGGUGGGAAUAUGCUGACUGCUGUUCUAUCUCAAUCCAUAUUUUUAUAUUUGCAUAAUGGGACCAGUCUAAUAUUCUCAAUAGAACUGAUGCAUAGUAGUAUGUGUGACAAUUGGGUAAGACUACACCCCCUGACGUUUAGUUUUAAUUAAUAGUUUUUGGCCAAUUCUUGGUUUUUUAUCCUGCCAGAUAAAAUGUUGUAUUAUUUUUUGUAGCUGGUUCAGUUGUGACUCUCCUAUAUGUAGUGGAAGUGUUUGGAAGAUAUAUAGAAUUCUAGGCAUGAUAUUCAUUUUUAUAACGCUCAUCCGUCCAAACCAGGAAAUGGGUUUAUCUUUCCAGGCUAUUAAGUCUUUUUUAACCUUUGAGAUUACAUGUUUCAAAUUUAGUUCAGCCCAGGUUGAGGUGUCUCUGGUAAUGUGGAGGCCCAAGUAGGUAAGAGUUUGUGGACUCCAUUUAUAGGGAAAACCCUUAGAUAUGCAAUUUAUCGUGUCCUCCGGGAUUGAGAUAUUUAAGGCCAUUGAUUUAGAAAAGUUUAUCUUGAAAUUGCUGAGGUUCCCAUAUACGAGGAGCUCUUGGUUAAGCGCUGGUAUCGAUGCUGUGGGGUUGGUCAGAAAGAACAGAAGGUCAUCUGUAUAGGCAGCAAUUUUUUGUUGUGUGUUACGCACUGAGAUGUGGCAUAGGAGUGGUUCUAGGGCUAAUACGAAAAGGGUGAGUGAUAGUGGGCAUCCCUGUCUUGUGCCAUUACGGAUAUCAAAGGGGUCAGAUAAGAGCCCAUUUAUUUUUAGGCGGGCUGUGGGGUUGGUAUAUAAUGAGGAUAUCCAAGUCAACAUUUUAGGCCCUAAUCCUAUUUGCUGAAGACAGGUAAACAUGAAUGUCUAAUUGACCCUAUCAAACGCUUUUUCGGCGUCUGUAGAUAAUAGCAUGUUCUUGAUUUUUUGCUUUUUGGCACAGAACAUCAGGUUUACCAGUCUGUUCGUGUUAUCUCUACCCUCUCUUCCCGGGAUAAAACCGGCUUGUUCCGGGUGUAUCAGGUUAGGAAGAAACGAAUGUAUUCUAUGGGAAAGGAUCUUCGCUAAUAGUUUUAUGUCAGUGUUAAUUAGCAAGAUGGGUCGGUAGUUUCCUGGUUCUGUUGCCUCUUUACCAGGUUUCAGAAGCAGUGUGAUAUAAGCUAUAAGUGAUGACUUGUCGAAGGACUUUCCUGAGGCAAUGUCAUUAAAUGCUGAGCACAUGAAAGGUAGCAAUUUGUCUUUGAAUAUUUUGUAAUAGGAUAUUGUGAAGCCGUCUGGGCUUUUGCCUGUGGCUGUAUCUUUAAGGGCUGUUUCAAGUUCCUCAAUGGUUAAUCCUUCCUCAAGUUUGUCUGCAACUUCUUUAGAAAUAUGAUUUAGGUUGGCGGAGGUUAGAUAUGUCUUAAUCUUAUCUAAAAAGGAGGGUAGAGUUAUGGAAGCUGGGUCAGGCAGUUGAUAUAGUGACAUGUAGAACUUCCAGGAAUGUUGAUGCUAUUUUAUCCGAUAUGUGUUCAAUUGAGCCUUGUUUAUUUCGUAUCGAGGGGAUGAAAUUUCAAUUAGAUUGUGAAAAUUUCAAGACUCUAGCUAAUAGCCUUCCGCAUUUGUUGCCAUGUUCGUAGAAGCGGUGUUUUGUCAGAGUAAUGACUUUGUUUGUGUAGUAUUCUAGAUGUUCUGCAAGUUGCUUCCUAGUUUCUGUCAAUUCCUGCAAUGAAGUCUGGGAUAGAGUUUGCUUAUGUGUUGUUUCCAGUAAGGUUAUCUUGUCUAUAAGAUCACGAUAUUUUUGUUCUCUUUCUUUUUUCUUACUAGCCCGUAUUUGGAUCAAAAGCCUCUAAUCACACAUUUAUGUGCUUCCCAACAGGUUACUGGUGAGGUCUCUGGUAGGUUGUUCUCAGUGAAGUACAUUGAGAUUUUAGAAGUUAAAUCUGUGACAAUCUGUUCGUCUUUUAAGAGAUUCAUUGAUUCUCCAGGAAUGGGUUUUUCUUCUGUUUAAUGGUGUGGAAAGUGUAAGGGUGAUCAUGGAGUGAUCUGACCAAGUCCUGGGAUGGAUUUGGCUUUGUAGUACAUCUUGUAAUGCAUUCUGAGAGACGAAUAAAUGGUCAAUUUUAGUGUAAGUGUGAUGUCGGUGGGAAUAGAAAGUAUAGUCUUUCGCUGUAGGGUAGAGAAUUCGCCACGGGUCGGCUAAUUGUAAUUGGUGAAGGAGUUUUUUGGUUUUAGUUAUUUGAGUCUUAGAUAUGGAAGUCUGGUUCGAAGAACAGUCUAGUGUUGGCUCCAUAGGGAGGUUGAAAUUGCCGCCUAAGAUAAGGGUACCUUCAGAGAACGAGAGUAAGUGAUCCGCAAUGCGUGCAAACUCGGUCGCUUGGUUGGCAUUAGGUAGGUAUAUGUAGGUUGUUCUCAGUGAAGUACAUUGAGAUUUUAGAAGUUAAAUCUGUGACAAUCUGUUCGUCUUUUAAAAGAAAUUCAUUGAUUCUCCAGGAAUGUGUUUUUCUUCUGUUUAAUUUUGUGGAAAGUGUAAGGGUGAUCAUGGAGUGAUCUGACCAAGUCCUGGGAUGGAUUUGGCUUUGUAGUACAUCUUGUAAUGCAUUCUGAGAGACGAAUAAAUGGUCAAUUUUAGUGUAAGUGUGAUGUCGGUGGGAAUAGAAAGUAUAGUCUUUCACUGUAGGGUAGAGAAUUCGCCACGGGUCGGCUAAUUGUAAUUGGUGAAGGAGUUUUUUGGUUUUAGUUAUUUGAGUCUUAGAUAUGGAAGUCUGGUUCGAAGAACAGUCUAGUGUUGGCUCCAUAGGGAGGUUGAAAUCGCCGCCUAAGAUAAGGGUACCUUCAGAGAACGAGAGUAAGUGAUCCGCAAUGCGUGCAAACUCGGUCGCUUGGUCGGCAUUAGGUAGGUAUAUGUAGGUUGUUCUCAGUGAAGUACAUUGAGAUUUUAGAAGUUAAAUCUGUGACAAUCUGUUCGUCUUUUAAAAGAGAUUCAUUGAUUCUCCAGGAAUGUGUUUUUCUUCUGUUUAAUGGUGUGGAAAGUUUAAGGGUGAUCAUGGAGUGAUCUGACCAAGUCCUGGGAUGGAUUUGGCUUUGUAGUACAUCUUGUAAUGCAUUCUGAGAGACGAAUAAAUGGUCAAUUUUAGUGUAAGUGUGAUGUCGGUGGGAAUAGAAAGUAUAGUCUUUCGCUGUAGGGUAGAGAAUUCGCCACGGGUCGGCUAAUUGUAAUUGGUGAAGGAGUUUUUUGGUUUUAGUUAUUUGAGUCUUAGAUAUGGAAGUCUGGUUCGAAGAACAGUCUAGUGUUGGCUCCAUAGGGAGGUUGAAAUUGCCGCCUAAGAUAAGGGUACCUUCAGAGAACAAGUAAGUGAUCCGCAAUGCGUGCAAACUCGGUCGCUUGGUCGGCAUUAGGUAGGUAUAUAUUGGCUAGCGUGUAUAUUCGCCCGAGAAAAGUGCCUUUUAUGAAUAUGUAACGCCCAUUGGUGUCGCUCUUUUUUCUUUAAGUACAAAUUCGAAGUUGCGUGCAAGUGCUAUUCCUACUCCCCUAACCUUGCUGGGUUGAGACCUACUGAGAUAUAUGUCUGGGAAGUGCCUGUUAUUCCAUUUAGGAGUACAACCCUCCUUGAAAUGUGUUUCCUGUAUGAAUGCAAUGCUUGCCUUCCUUUUUUGUAGUUCUGAGGAUAGUAGAAUUCUUUUUUGUGGAGAAUUUAGACCAUUUACGUUUAUACUGAUUAUCUGGAAUGAGUCUGUUUUGUUCCUUUGCAUUGUAUGUGUGUAGAGAGAUGACUGUACACCAGGGUCAAAGGUACGUCAAUACCCCGCUGCACUGGGGGGGUUGGGUUUAGUGGGUGUUGGGAUAAGGAAGAAAAGGAUGGGUGUAGUAUAGAGAGGGGUAAAAAGGUAGAAGAACUCCUGUCCUCACCGUGUAGGCGGGAAGAGAGGAGGUGUUAAUGCGCUUAAUGCUGCCCAACGGAAGCGUAAAGCAUUCCCUGAGUAGAUAAUUAUUAAAGCGCAGAGAGAGAGGUGUGACGGUGGUGGUAAGUUCUUUGCACAAGAAGCAGGUACCUAGUUCCCGAUUCCUUUCGAGCCUUGGGCCAUGGUAAUUGUAACAUCAGGUGGAUGUGUGUGAGUCGUCCAUGGGGAUCUGAGAAUGUGUUUUCAUUUUCUUUUUUUUUUUUUUUUUUCCCCUUCUUUUCUUUUUUUUUCUCUUUUUUUCCUUUUUUUCUCUUUUUUCUUUUUAUCUCUUUCUCUUUUUUUUUUUAUUUUCUGUUCCCUUUUUCUUUCCUUUUCUCCUUCCAUCCCCUUCCUCCCAAAAACUAAUUCCUGCUAAAGUAUCGAAAACGAUAGGUACGUGACAAGACCGGGCCACAGAAAUAUUAAAGGUUAAAAAAAAAGACAGAGAAUGAUACUGCACAUCAUUAUUAAAUUAAAGGGAGAAAGAAGGGGAGAAGUAAUAAAAAAAUAAAUAAAAAAAAAUAAAAAGAGGGGGGGAGGACAGUUCCAAAUGAAACAUCUAUCCCGUUCAGCAUUGUUAUUCUGAUUGCAAUAUACACCAGUUCUAAUAACAUAUAUACCCAGCACUAAUAAUAAGAAGAGAGAAAGUAUAAAAAAAAAAAUGGGGGAAGGGCUUUUCAAAAGAAACUCCUGUUACAUAUUAACAAUGACAGAAAUGAACUAUUUGAGGACAUUCAGGAAAUAUGCGUAUACCAUUGGAAAGCAAAGUAAAUAUAUAACAUUUCCAUUACUCUAAGAUGUUCCCAUCCUGAUUGUGUACCUAAAAAAAAAAAGGGGGUGGGGUGAGGAAUCCUUCUGUAGGUCACUCCAUCAAUCGGAUUAUGAUCAACUAUUCGAGGUAAUCCCGGGGAGAUUCCUACAAUAUUCUUCAAAGAAAUCAUUAGUUUGGCAUUCUCAUAGGGUGGCUUUGUGAGGGAGAUAAAAUGAUAAAAAGGGGUAAAGAAUUUGGGGGGGAAGGAGAAAGAAAAAAAAAAAAGGGUGGAUGAGAUCAUUCUAUAGACCAAUCCUCUGUUCGGAUGAUGAGCAACUAUUUGAGGUCAGUACUGAGAUAUAUCUGCAACAUUCAUCAGAUAAAACAUUAGUCCGGCAUUCUUAGAACUUCACGGUAUUUUAUAUUUACAAAAAUAGCAAGUCAUGUAGAUUAAAUGGGCCUCAAGUACAAUUAUGACAUGUAAUGUACAAUCAGAACAGUAUCAUUAGGAAACAGAUUAAUGCAGCCUUAAAAUAGAAAAUUAUAAAAAUGCAAUAACUGGGUAUCCUUAGUCAAACACGAAAAAUAGAAUCGUUGUAUGGGUCUCUUUGCUGCACUGUUCCACUUUGUCAGAUGGUACGCUAAAGGUGGUGUAGUCACGCUUUUGAAUAUGUUGAGGCAGAGCGUUUUAGAUAUAACAGAUUGUCACGUCUGCAGUAAGAAGUAAGAAAGAUUAACAAGGACUUUAACUGAAAUAGUAAAGCAUAGGAAUGCGUUCCGCAAGAAAACAUUACAGUAUAAAGUUUUCUCCAUGAAAAAUUGAGAAGGAACUGGAAUAACUGGAAAGAUAACUUUAAUAGAAGGCUCCAGAUGCAAACCGCUAUCAUGUGUCCAUGUCACGGAGUGGCGAUUUAGGACCUUUGAGCUGGUGGGUGUUGCGUAACUCAGUUAAAAGUGUGCUGUGUUUUCGUCAUCUGUAUUGCUUGUAACGCUAUUCACGUUCCAGCUGGAACCGAAUGCCCACAUCAGAUCAAAAUUCAAACAAAUAUUAGCCGGUCAACUGGCCUCCAUUCGAAUUAUUGUGCGCAAAGCGUAGUAGUAGUAGUAAAGUACAGUACACUUAUGUGCCCAUUGAUUCCGAUGCCGUAGCUUGAUCUUGCUUCGCAGUGUCUUCUGCAUAGACAAAUCUGCUCCAUUCCUGUAAGUCUACACAUGGUAGGCCCAGACUGUUAAAAAAGAACGGGGCAUCGGUGGGUUCUUUGAGAGUGUAGCUUUUCCCAUUUCUGUUUGCGAUUAGGGCAAAAGGGAAGCCCCAUUUGUAGCCUAUGUUGCGUGAUUUGAGAAGAGUUGUUGUUACUUCUCUUAGCAGGCGGCGCUGGAACACUGUGGAGUGCGCUAAGUCCUGAUAAAUAUCAAUGGUGGUCUCUUCCAGCUUUACCAUUUUGAAUUUGCUAUGUAGCUAUGCAAGCAACACAGCACGUCUCGCGGCCUACCCGAUCUACUGCCUGCCACGCGGUGUAGUCUGUCUAUCCGAAUCUCCGUUUCUUUAUCCUGUUCCAAGAGGUCAUUGAAAAUCGAUGUGAGUAUUCAUUUCAACUCAGAUUGCGGGACCUCUUCGCAUAUUCCCCGUAUUCUUAAGUUAUUACGCUUAAUUCUGUUUUCAGUGUCUUCGAGGAGUCGUCGAAGAACAUAGAUAUGGCGUGCUUGUUAAGCAAUCUUGUCCGAGUUCUGCUGAACUUGCCAGUGUGAGGCCUGCUUGUGUCUCCUCGAGCGCUCCUAUUUUGGUUGAAAUGGCCGCCAAGUCUUGUUUGAGUUCAGCUGUUUCUUGCUUUUGUGCCUCUUUGAUGUCAUCUAAUAAGCAAGUUAGAUCCGCUUUUUGUGGUAAUGCAACAAUUAGCGGUGAUAAGUCAGACGCAGGAGGCAUGGAUGUUGUCGGAGGGGGGGAGGAUUGUGAUCUUCUGGAGUUGGCACCUUCGUGGUCCUCGUUGGCCAUAUUGGAGUCACUCUCAGUAGCUCGUGUAGGAGACGAUUUGUUGAAAAAUUUGUCAAUUUCUUUCUCCUUUCGGGUGGUAAGAGGUCUCUGUGGUAGUUAGUCCCUGAGUUGGGCCCUUUUGGGACUUCCCCAUAUUUCAGGCCAGAUAUCGUAUGUUGAGCUGAGUUUGGGAUCGGGAAGCAGGAGCUCUGCAGAAUGCGUCCGUUCAAUCUGCCAUCCAAGCCACGCCCCCAGAUUUACUUUUUUAACUCUUUAAUAUUCUUAGAGAAAUUAUCAAGAACGUUUGAAAGAAAAUGUACAUUUGAAAAAUCACCUCUUUCUAUAUUUUCACAAUUCUGAGAGUUUACAGCUUGUUCUGCUGGAGCUGGUGUAUAUCAUUAAUGAAUGUAUUUGGAUUUUCCCUCUGUUCAUCUGUUAUAUAGUUGCAGUUCACUGGUUCCAGAUUCAAAAUUAUUCAUCGUUAUUUUCGACAUCUGUAAAAGAUAAUUGUACUAUUACAUAUGGCUUCAUCCACUAUACAACAGAUCAAAAACAAUAGUUUCAGCAUUGCUUGCCUUGUAAUUGUCCCUCGUCAUCUUCAAAACUGUCAUUUGUUGUAUUUGCAUACCCUGCAAAAUAAAAAUGAUGUGCUGAAUGUAUACAUCGGGAAAUCUUUUCAUCAU